AUGAAGAGUCAAGAAUUCAUCGAACAAAAGGCCUCCAUCCUGAAAAAUCAUCACCACCAUCAACAUCAACAUUCAAAAUCAUCUUCUUAUGAAAGCGCAUCAAGAGAAGACUCAAACCAAGAGGGAGAUCAUUCCGAUUCCAAUCUGAGUGAGAUUUCUUUGGAUCUUCAUUCAUACACCUCGGAUGAUUAUUCCUAUCAUCAUCAAAGACAUGUUUCCUUUCAAUUGGAAAAUGAUGAAGAAGUGAAGGAGGAUGCUCAACAAAACCGUUCUGAGAAGGAUCACCACUACCGUCCUCCUUCUCUGAAUGAUCUUGCAUCAAAGAAUGUUGAUACAAACACUCGUGAUUAUCCGACUUUCUCACCUCCAAGACUGGUUCUAUUAGAAGAGCAUGAAGAGGACAUUCGACCUGUUCUCUCCUCUCCUUCUCCACAAGCGAUUCAGUCAUCACGGUCAGGAAGUCAGACCCAAAAUCAACUCUCUGCCUCACCAAAAAAGCACUCUUUAAGGUACAACAAUUAUCAACAACCAGCAAUAAGGCAACAGCAAGAAUUCCAUCCACCAAAUACGGGGACUACUGCUGCCUCUCCCUCUUCUUCUCCUUCUUCCUCCUUCACAGAACCAUCGAACAGACUCCGAAAUCAUUCUGCCUCCUCUCCGAAUCUGCACUCUUCGUUCUUGAUGAACAAUAAUCCUGUCACGACCUCUUCAUUCAUCUUGAACACUUCCAUGACGAAUGAGGAGGAAUCGGGGAGAUGCUAA